AUGUUAAAAUUACAACUUUAUGACAUUAGAGAAGAUGAAGAACAAAAUGUUAAAUAUAAUGAAAUAAUUGAUUUAUUAUUAGCUGCGGGAUAUUUCAGAGCCAGAAUAAAAGGAUUAUCGGCUUUUGAUAAAGUAGUCGGAGGCAUGAUUUGGAGUAUGGAUAGCUGUAAUUUUGAUGUAAAUGUCGACUUAUUGUUUCAAGAAAAUUCAACAAUCGGACAAAAAAUAGCUUUAACAGAGAAAAUUGUGACUGUGCUUCCGAAAAUGGAGUGCCCUUUUAGAAUUGAACCUCAUCAAAUACAAGGAUUAGAUUUUGUACAUAUUUUUCCAGUUAUUCAAUGGCUAAUUAAAAGAUCUGUAAAAGUUAGAGAAGAGAGAAAGGAUUUUAUUAGAUAUCAUGCCAUUUUAAAAUAUGAAAAUCAAAUAUGUUCAAAAAAAAUUAUCUCACCCAUGGUUACUUCUAAUUUAUUAAAAUUAGAGGAUUCUUACAGAAGAAAAAGACUUUUUAAGAAAUUGAAUAAAACAUCUGAAAAUGAGGAAAUUGAAGUUGAAAACACUCUUUUGGAAUAUGGUUUUCCUCAUAAUCCUUUUAAUGAUGACUCACAAUCACAAAUGAGUGUUUUUUCAAAAACUCAAGAAUUUAAUGAUGCAUUUCCGACUAAAAUUGUUGGUAAUAUAGUAACAUCCCAGAUUCAAAAAAUAGCUCAAGUUUCAGAAAAAUAUUCAAAACUUCAAGGAGAUAUUGAAAGUUCUGAAGUGUCAAUUGAAGAAAAACACAAAGACAUGAUGAUUAAAAGGAAAAAUAGUUUAUUGGAAGAAAAGAAAUUAUUGGAAAAGGAAAUCGAAAAUAGUAUGGCUGAAUCUGAAAAAGUAAAACAGGAUUUAAACAAAUUUGACUCUGUGCUACAAAAUCUAGAUGAAAAACAAUCCAGAAUGUAUAGUAAACUCGAAAGUUUAAUCGUUUUGGAAGACAGUCUUAAAAAGCAAGAACAGACUUUUAAGGAUUACUGUAGGAAAGAGCUUGAAGAUUUACAAAAUAUGAUCAAAGAAGCAAAUAGUCAUAAUCGAAUGGAAGAAAAUAGUCUUGCUGAUAAAAAAUGUGAAGAUGAAAGGGAAAAAGUUUUAGCAUUAAAAUUACAAUUAGCCAAAAAAAAUAGAUCUAUUGCAUUUUUACAAAGACAAUUAGAUGAAGUUCCUGGUAGAGGAGAAUUAGCUCAAUAUCAAAGGAGAUUUUUAGAAUUAUAUAAUGAAGUGGCUCAAAAACAUCAAGAAACAAAACAGUUUUAUACAAUGUACAACACUCUCGAUGACACCAAAUUGUAUUUGAGUAAAGAAUUAUCAUUAUUGAAUUCAGUUCUCGAUAAUUAUUCAGAUGCAAUGUCAAAUUCAAUAGACAAAGAAGAUUUUAUGCAACAAUUCGAAUCCAUUGUAGCUGCAAUUAAACAAAAUAAAUUGAAAGUUGAAAAACGUAGAGCCGAGGAAAGAAGUCAUCGCGACAAAUUAAGUCAGCAAUUAUUAGAUUUAGUAGAAUUACAGCGAAAUUAUGUAAAUGUAGUUAAACAAUUACGAAUUGAAUGUAAAAAAAAUGAGGAAUUAUUAGCGAAGUUUAGAAAAUAA